CAUGGCAGCCUACAUGGUGCCUGUGGAUUACUGUACAGCUUAACGAUUAUUUAGCCUAAUGUGCUUGUUAUCACUGAAAUAAGCAUAAAACAUGUUUCAGAUACUCUGCUGUAGAGCAAGCAUCACUGCUCCGGUGCGGUCAUUGUCGCUGCACAGCAAUAAAACAGCGGAUAUAUGGAAACUUUCACGGUGGUACACAUCUCCACGAUCUCCAGCGUACAGCUCCUCACAGCAGCCUGGAAAUGCUGUCAGUCGUAUUUGGAGCCUCACUCAGAGAGCUGUCCGCCAGUCCACCUCCCGAACAUCCAAACCCCCAGGAGUGGCCCUGAAAUUCAUCCUGGGACCAGCAGUACUCACUGUCUCUGCAAGGCUCUUCUGCCAUGUGGCUCACUGCGAGGCAGACGUUAAUAACAACACUCCGUUGGAAGUUGUAGCCAAAAACCCUGCGCCUGAGUUCAAAUGGCAUAUCUUGUGGGAAUUUGUCAAACCUCAGCUAUUUGCUCUCUUAGGUGCUGUUGCGCUUGCUUUUGGUGCAGCCAUCUUGAAUAUACAAAUCCCCUUGAUGCUUGGGGCUCUGGUGAACGUUGUGGCACGUUACCUGAGGGAACAGACUGGGAAUUAUGUCCACGAGAUAAGAGGUCCGGCGCUGAAAUUACUUGUGCUGUAUGGUAUCCAAGGCCUGCUGACAAGUGGCUACAUCGUCCUGCUUUCAAGAGUGGGGGAAAGAGUGGCUGCAGACAUGAGGAAGACACUUUUCGCAUCCUUAUUGAGGCAAGAUGUGGCUUUCUAUGAUGCCAAUAAAACUGGGCAGCUGGUGAACCGUUUGACUGCUGACAUUCAAGAGUUCAAGUCAUCCUUUAAAUUGGUCAUCUCUCAGGGUCUGCGGAGUAUUACACAGACAAUUGGAUGCUUCGUCUCUCUGUAUAUUAUCUCCCCCAAACUUACAGGUUUGACAGUAAUUGUCCUCCCCUGUCUGGUGGGAGCAGGGGCUCUCUUUGGCUCAUUCCUCCGCAAACUAUCCCGUUUGGCUCAAGAACAGGUGGCAAAAGCAACGGGAGUGGCCGAUGAGGCACUGGGCAAUGUGCGAACAGUGAAAGCUUUUGCGAUGGAAGAGCGGGAGCUCCAGUUAUAUGCAUAUGAAGUUGACAAAUCAUGUGAAAUGAAUGAAAAUCUUGGUUCUGGAAUUGCAGUUUUCCAAGGACUGUCAAACAUUGCCCUGAACUGCAUUGUCCUGGGAACUAUUUUUGCUGGAGGAACUUUAAUUUCUAGCAAUGAAAUGAGCCCUGGAGACCUCAUGUCUUUCCUGGUUGCCUCACAGACUGUCCAGAGGUCAUUGGCUGGUAUCUCUAUCCUUUUUGGACAAAUGGUGAGAGGAUUAAGCUCUGGGGCUCGGGUCUUUGAAUACCUGUCUUUGGUGCCUUCCAUCCCUCUGUCUGGAGGAGCACGCAUCCCGUACGAUUCUCUGACAGGAAGAGUGGAUUUUGUGAACAUUUCAUUCAGCUAUCCAACGAGACCUGGCCAUCAGAUCUUGACGAAGUUCAACUUAACGCUGCCACCUUGUAAAACUGUUGCCAUAGUUGGAGAAUCUGGAGGAGGAAAGUCCACUGUGGCGUCCUUGAUGGAGCGUUUCUACGACCCGACCAGCGGUGUAGUCAUGGUGGAUGGACUUGACAUUCGAACACUUGAUCUGAACUGGCUCAGGGGAAAGGUCAUUGGAUAUAUCAAUCAGGAGCCAGUUUUGUUCGGAUCAUCUAUCAUGGACAACAUCCGCUUUGGGAAGCCUGGGGCCACAGAUGCCGAGGUCAUUAACGCAGCCAAGCAAGCUAAUGCUCACCUCUUCAUUACAAGUUUCCCAGACGGCUAUAACACAGUGGUUGGUGAGCGAGGUGCGACGCUAUCAGGUGGACAGAAACAGCGUAUUGCUAUCGCCCGCGCUUUGAUCAAGAACCCCUGCAUCCUGGUGCUGGAUGAAGCCACCAGCGCCCUGGAUGCAGAGUCAGAGCGAGUGGUGCAGGAGGCUCUGGACAGGGCCACAAGUGGGCGCACCGUGCUUAUCAUCGCACACCGGCUGAGCACCAUUCAAGGGGCUGACCUCAUCUGUGUCAUGAGCAAUGGCCGCAUUGUGGAGGCUGGGACUCACUUGGAACUGCUGGGAAAAGGAGGAUUUUAUUCCGAUCUGAUCCGCAGGCAAAGAGCUGAGAGGAAGAAAUGAACACACCAAAACUUGUUUACUGUAGAUCUACACUGAGCAAUGGAAUUUAUUUUUAAAUGAAAUUCAUAGUAAAGGCUUGCCUUGAAAAGAUGAAUUAUGUGAAACAUGUAAUGUAAAUCUACCAGCUCUCUAGUUUACUCUGUUAGUCGAUAAACUCUCGAAUGUAUGUAUAUACAGUAAAUGUGUAACCGGACCAACUGGAUCAGCCUGUGUUGAUUCACAACCUACACUAAAGGCAUUUUCAUAACACUAUUUUCUCUUAUCCUGUAUAGAAUGAUCAAUUAUAUUGUAGUCGGGGGAACAAAUAAUUAAACUUUGUUUUAAUGAGA